AUGCCUGCUCGUACAGUAGUGUUUACAAGUGUGAGUGACUGGGGUGUUUAUGUGCAGGAUGUGGCAAGGAGAAUUGCUGUUAUUUCUGGAGAGUGUAAGUUGGAGAUUGACGAGGAUGAAUAUGUGGAUUCAUUUAAGACUGGCUUGAUGGAAGUCACAAAGGCGUGGGCCGGAGGCAUGUCUUUUAGUGCCAUAUGUGAGAUGACGGAUCAUUUUGAGGGAUGUGUGAUUCGCUCUCUUAAGAGUUUGGAAGAACUGUUGAACGAUUUAAUUCGAGUUGCAAAGAAUAUGGGAUGUCUUGAGAUUGAAGAAAAGUUUCAGAAUUACUUUCUUGACCAAAAACCAAUCCAUAGUUUCUGGCAACUCCCCUCUAAAGAACAAUCUGAUGACAAGGAAAAAGAAUUUAUAACGUCUAUUGAUGAAUAUAUCGAAGAUUCAGGAUCCAAUUCGCCAAAAAAUUCGAAUUCUUUUCCAAUAGACCCGAUAGAUUCUUUGAAGGAAAAAAUAUUGCUUUUACAGCAACUGUCAGAGUAUGUUAAUCAAGAAUCGUCAAAUUCCCAGCCAGUUAAUCCUCCGGAUAAUGACAUUACAAAUAGUGUUUAUAAUCAAAUUAGUGAGUUGAAUGACUCAAAUCAAAAUUUAAAAAACGACUCAAAUGAGUUGAAUGAACACAAAAUGUCUCGUGCUCCCUUACAUUCUCAGUUUGAACCAAAAUUCAGUUCAAAAAACAAAAAAAUGCUUCCAACAAUAGAAAAAACAGCUUUAAAGAAUUUGGACCUUAUCAAAGUUUCAAAUAAAAACUGUAACUACAAAACCGACGACAUCAUCUCUGAAGAAUCAAAAAUCUCGAAUUUUUGUCAAUCUACUGAUUUUUUAAUUCAUAAUUUAUAUUUUGACGGAAUAAGUCAGUUUUUACAAAAUCCUAAUACACUGUUGUUUGAGAUUAAAUCAAAUUGGGGAGGUGUGAUUAGCUCAUUCAGUUCUAGUUUCCAUGUGGGCAGUGGAUGUGAGGAUCCGAAGCUGUAUUGGCAUGCUAUAGAAGCUUCUAAAUUUGCUUUUUCCGAAGCUAUGAGAAUCGGUUAUUCUCCAUACUUGCUGGACAUUGGCGGAGGCUUUCCUGGAGCAGAUGACAGUCCUGUUUCAUUUAAGCUGAUUUCUGAGUAUAUAAAUUCGGGACUCGCUACUUUCUUUCCUGGUGGUGACUUUCCAUAUCUCCAAGUCAUUUCUGAACCGGGGAGAUUUUUUGUGGCCUCGGCUUAUACUUUGGUGACUCGAGUUGUCAGUGUUCGGCAGAGCUCUUCUAAAAUGAUGUACUAUCUCAACGAUGGAGUAUAUGGGGCCUUCAAUUGUGUGAUGUAUGACCAUGCUACACUUGCUCCUUUAUGUCAACGGGGCCUGGAUUUUAGUAAAAUGUACAAAUGUGAUUUGUGGGGACCAACAUGUGACAGUAUCGACUGUAUUUGUGAGGGGGUGGAGAUGCCACUGCUUAGUGUGGAUGAUUUGAUUGUCUUCAAGAACAUGGGUGCUUACACUCUUGUUGCUGCGUCCAAGUUUAACGGAAUGAACCGUGCCAAAUGCCUAUACUUGAAUGAUGCCAUUAUCCGCUGA